AUGGCCGCGUCGUCGCACAACCCGUAUCCGCGAUCUCCCAACCCUUCAACGAGGUCGUACGACUCGUCGUCCGUCUCUUCGGCAACCUCCCCCAGACAACCUGCCCAGUACAUACCGCGCGGGCUGAUGAACACCGGGUCGAGGACAGCAGCGGUGCCGCCCCCUCAGCCUAUCGGCAUCCCCCCUCCGCUACCGCCGGUCAACCAGAACCAGAACCAGAACCAGAACGCCUUUACGCCAUACACGCCCGUGACGGCCGGCUCGAUGAUGGGCCGCGACUCACUACCCUCAGCCGACUCGGUGGCGAGCACGCCCGGCCCGUCAACGGCGUCGCUGCCGCCCAUCUCCCAGGCCCAGAAGAGGGCGUACCGGCAGAGGAGGAAGGAUCCGAGCUGCGACGCGUGCCGCGAAAGAAAGGUCAAGUGCGACGCCACCGAGACGACCAGCUGCUCCGAGUGCUCCAGCCGCAACGUCAAGUGCCAGUUCACCAAGGAGACGAACCGGCGCAUGUCGUCCAUCAAGCAGGUGCAGGAUCUCGAGAAGCAGAUGGAGCGCCUGAGACGGGACAACAGCAACAUGAGGCGCCUGCUCCAGGAAAGGGACGGCGGUGGCGGCGGCGGCGGCAGCAGCGGCAGCGGCAGCGGUGCCAUGGACAUCGACACGGAAAGCCUCGGCCUCGGUCUCGGCCUCGAUCAGCUUCCCCUUCUCCAGCUGCCGGAGAUCGGCUCCGAUCCCAAGCGGAGGAAACGGCCAGCCCCUAUCCACGACCUGGCCCGGGCGAGGUCCAACAUGCGCAUCUUCUCCCGCGGCAUCUGGAAAGCGCCCUCUCAGUACCACCGCCAGCCGUCGUUGACGACGCCGCUCUUCGACCCCCAGAGACCCGACUUGCCCCCGAGGCAGACGACGGACCAGCUCCUCCACGCGUACUACGGCGCCGCCCACACCAUGUUCCCCAUCCUCCACUGGCCGACGUUCCAGACGGGCGUCGACGACCUCUACCGGAUCGGCAGCGCCAGGUCGGUGCAGCCGGCGUGGCUGUCGACCUUCUUCGCGGCCCUCGCCCUCGGCAGCCUCUUCAGCCAGGACCCCCCGACUCACCGGGCCUAUCGGGCGGCCGAGCUGCUCGAGGUCGCCCGGGGCAUGAUCGACCCCUGGAACAACGACUACGUGCUCGACAACGUGCGCGCGUUGGUGCUCGUCACGCUGUGCCUCAACGAGAUGAACCAGCGGUCCGCCGCCUGGACGUGGCUCGGCACCGCCGUCCGCGCCGGGCAGGACCUCGGGCUGUACUCCGAGUCCGGCCCGUGGCCCGUCGUCGAGGGCGAGAUGCGCCGCCGCGUGUGGUGGACCAUCUACAUCCUCGACCGGAGCCUGGCCCUCGACCUGGGCCGCCCCGUGCUAAUCGACGACGCCGACUGCGACGUCUCGCUGCCCGCCGGCGUCGACGACCACUACAUCCACGAGGGCGGCAUCAUGGUCCCCCCCGGCCGCGAGCCCCUGAACCACUCCCUCCUGGCCCUGAUCAACGUCAUCAGGUCCUACUCGUCCCUCAUCAAGACGCUGGCCGCCCCCUUCGUGGUGCCCACGAGGCUCGCCACUUUUGACCAGCACUUCGUCACCUGCCUACGAGCCUUUCCCUCCGUCUGCGACACCUCCAGCAGGGGCCCGAUAUCUCCUCACCUCCUGACCCCCUUUGCCUACCUACUCCACGCCCGCCUCGUCUUACACCGCCAUAACCUCUCGCCCAACUGCCCGCCCGACGCUCGCCUCGCCGCCAUGGAGCAGUGUACGCACACGGCCCUCGAGACGGCCUCGCUCCUUUCCCGCACGGCCCCGAACCUCGCCGACGGCGCCACCGCCCUCCUCACCACGCACGCCUUCCGCUGCACCCUCUUCCUCCUCCUGGCGGGUUACUGGGACCACGCCACGACUUGCCUGCGCACCCUCGCCUCCAUCGACGGGAGACGCGACGUUGCCACUCCCUGCGGCCGCUUCCUCGCCUUCUUCGUGUCCGCUCUCGGCACAAAACGCGGCGAGUACGCCGCCUACGCCGCCAGAGGGACGCCCCCGAAGCCCUUCGCACCGCCUCCUCCUCCUUCUGCUCCUCUGUCCCAGGGCCGCCAGGGCCCGGCGACGCUCCAGGAUGCCCUCCUGCAGGACGAGGAGCUCUUGGCCUAUGUCAGCGCCGACCUGCAAGCGGCACCUGAGUCCGCCUGGAUCUGGGCUGGUGGCGAGCGCGAGGCCGCCGCCAUCCUGUCCCCGACCUCUCCGGGCUCCAUCAUCACGGCACAAGGCGGCGGCGGCGGCGGUGGCGGCGCCAGCAGCGGCCUGUUCAGCGUUGAGCAGCGGACGGGUCUCAGCGAGGACGAGAUCAAGGAUUGGGGCGGCUGGGAGCGCCUCGAGGCGGCCGUCCGAGGGCUGGCGACCGGGAACGCGACGACGACGACGACGCCCACGCCGACGUCCGCGACGUGGUCCGCUCUGCCGGCCGGCAUCAAGACCGAGGGCACGCCGACGCUGCCCAGCAUCAUGACGGCCGCCGAGGGGGGCAGCAACGACAGCCCGACUGCGAGCACAAAGGGCCGGCCCCAGGACAGGUUGAGCAUUGCAAAUAUUAUCUAG